AAAGUCAGCAUGGAUCAUCCAGGAGGACACCUUGCUGUGGUUCUGUUCCUAUUUGUUCUGGUUUCUAUGUCCACCGAAAACAACAUUAUCAGGUGGUGCACAGUGUCUGAUGCCGAAGAGCAAAAGUGUUUGGAUCUAGCUGGGAACGCCACAGCCAGGAACAUCCGCGGACAACUCCUUUGUGUGAGGGGUCAAAGCCCCACUGACUGCAUGAAGCAAAUUAAGAAUGGCACUGCAGAUGCCUCUACUAUGUAUGCUGAUGAGAUCUACACAGCUGGGUUUUGCUAUGGCUUAGAUGUGGCUGUGGGAGAGUCUUAUAACGGUGUGGAUGGCGUUAAUUACUACGUGGUUGCACUUGCAAGGACAUCAUCCAGUGAUCUGUCACUGCUGGAGAUGCACGAACGCAGUUCUUGUCACCCAGGAAUGCGGACUACAGUGGGUUGGACCGUCCCCAUCGGCUUCCUGGUCAACACAUCGCAGAUCAGCGUGGAUGAGCAGUGCAACUUUCCCCAUGCGGUAGGAGAUUUCUUUGGCUACAGCUGCGUCCCAGGAGUGAAAGACCCAGAACAUGAUCCCAAAGGAAACAACCCAAGGAACCUGUGUGAGGCCUGCAUUGGAGACGAGAACGAUCGCCACAUAUGCGCCAACAACCCUCGAGAACGGCACUUCGGGGAGGCUGGAGCUCUUAGGUGUGUGGCAGAGAAUCUUGGGGAUGUUGCUUUUGUGAAGCACACUACAGUCUUCGACAACAUGCAGGGUAAGAACCAGGAGUCCUGGGCGUUGGACCUGGAGCUGGAAGACUUGAAGCUCUUGUGUCCUGAUGGGAGAGAAGCUAACCUGUUCCAACAUGAGAGCUGCCACCUGGCUGUGGUGCCAACCAAUGCUGUGGUAGUGCGUUUGGAGGACAAAUGCCGCGUUUACAAGUUCUUGGAACGUGUGCAGAACGCAUUUGCUAAUGCAACAGAAGGAUUCUCUCUGUUCAGCUCUGUGAAUUACGGGCAACCUGAUGUGCUGUUCAGUGAUUCCACCAAAAAGCUGCUGCGUGUUAUGGGGACCUACACUUCCUGGUUGGGGCACACUUACACCACCAUACUGAAGGCUUUUGAGUGUGAAGGUUUGUGUUGAUCUGAUGAGGAAAGAGGAAACUAUAGAUCUCCCCUCCAUCCUUCUCACACUAACUCUAAAGCACUCUGCGUAAAGUGUGUUACUCUCAUAUACGGGCUAAACGCUGGCUCUCGCCUGUGCUUUGUAGUACUGCUAUUACUGUUCUGUUCUCACAGUGUUUGUAUGGCUUCAUAUAUCACAUUUACUUGAUACUACACCUCUUUGAGUCUUUGCCGCUAAAGUUAAGUUCCUGCCAUGUGAAAAAUACAAAAAUAAACGCAAAAAAGAUCUAAACUUCUGUGCAGAAAAGCACUGCAGGGGAACACACCACAAACCAUGAAGGGAUUCUGCCAUGACUGUUAAGCAAAUUCAUGAUAAACCAACCAAAGGAUGCAAAGGAUUCUGAGUACAAAAUACACGUUUUGCAUUCAGGGCCAAAGCAUACUUUAUGCAAGUACAUGAACGCAAAUGCUUCUAGUCAAACAACUUAAAAAAUAUGAUUUGCAUGCUGUAGCAAUGCAAAUUUUGUCUUCUACAGCACGUUUUUCUCUCAGAUGAACUACUGUUACAUACCUAAAUUACAGCCACAAUGCAAGAAAACAUUCAGUAAAUACACUGCAAAAAUAUAUUUUUAGUAUUUUUGUCCUUUUUUUAUAAGAAAAAUAUUUACAAAAAUAUCUAAAAAGUUCCCAGAUACAUUUACUUGAGAUAAUAUUAAGUCUUGUUUUCUGAAACAGCUAUCAAAAUUAAGUGUGUUUAAGUUUAAAACAAGAAAAACAUCUGCCAGUGGGGUAAGAAAAAUAAAGUUCAUUCUAAACGAAACCAAGCUUAUUUUUUCUUAAACCACUGGCCAGACCAAACUGUUUUCAUUUUGACUACAAUAUGUCAUUUAAUGUAUCUUGAUUUAGGAAAGUUUAGAUAUUUGUACUGGAAAACGAGACAAAAUAAGUAAGAAAAGUUCUGAGUUUGCAUACUUGCACAUUGUAUGAUUCUGACUUUAGCUUGAUAAAGGCUUUUAACUUGCUUAAAGGCUUUUAAAAAUGUCAUAUUCUUUGUUUAUGUGCAGAUAUCAAGGAAUUAAAAAUGAGAAGAUACGAAUAAGUUCAUAAUAUAUAAACAAAACAACACAUAAUAGGACAUAAAAAGUUUAAAGGCGGACUUAUGAUUGGUUGUUACAUAACAGGUGCUUUAAAGGUGCUGUUUCCUGAGCCUUCAGGAUAACAAAUUACCAACUUGAACUUCAGUGUAAAUAGUCAUGUUACUCUUAGAGUUCUAGAACCUUCUCUUAUUAAUAAAAAUCUAU